AAACAGUCAUGCAACUGUGAUCGAAUGUGCAGUAAUAUGUCGCUCACUUGGAAUUCUACAAAAAAGCACAGCGAGCGUGAGAGAUGGGUUUGUAUUUAUCCGAUAUAUCUGAACAGCAAAAGGAGCCUGGCGGAUGGACGAAAGUUAGCUAAGGACAAGUGCGUGGAGAAUCCGACGCAUCAGGAGAUACGGGAUGUUUUGCUGGCGGCGGGUUUUACCGUCGGCGUUGAGAAUAAAUUACACCCCAAGGAACGUAGCAAAGAGCCUCUGUAUCGCGGUCGUAUCCGCGUGCAAUUAAAAAAUGACGAUGGUACACCAGUGCGAGCCGAUUAUCCAACCAGAGACUCGCUUUUGGAGUACGUUGGCACCACCAUUCCGAAGUUGAAAACCCGUCAAGGUAAACAGAGCUCCGGCGAACAAACGUCGCAGCCAUCCACGUCGACGUCAAAGAAGGGAAAAGGCAAGGGAAGGAGAUAAGAAAGAAUUCAAGAUCUCUUCAAUUAUAACACAUUUUCACUUUGUUGUAGAAAGUUAUUUAUAUAAAAUUAAUAAAAAAGAACUUUGGAGUUGCA